AUGUCGUCCAGAACGCCGAAGAAAGUCGAUGUCUACCUCCCCGGACCGUCGCCCAAAGCCACCCCUGCGAGUCAGAUAGGAUCUGCAAAGAAGCCGGCAAGCACGAAGAAGCGAGCCCCGCAUUCCCGCACCGGAUCCGUCGCGUCGCUUGCUCGCGAAGACACCCUAGUCGGUGAAGAGCAAGUGUCGAAGCCGGUGUCAAAAGCUGGUUCCGUGGUCAAGCCUCGCUCUUCCAUCCAACGCCUCGACACCUCAGAGGAUCUUGUAGACGAGGUAUCUGUCUCAGGCGAUACGAGGCGCCAGCGGAAGACGGAGGCAGACCGUCGUCAAUUCCUGGAGGAAGACCCGAACUCCGGCGAAGUCGAGCCACAUCGCAUGUACUGCAAAGCUUGUAGCAAAUGGGUCGACCUCAACCCCAAACUGAGGUACAUAAUGAAGCGUUGGGUGGCGCAUCGCAAGCGAUGCGGAAAGGAGGAGUCGGAAAGCUCGAGCGAAGAAGACGACAAAGACGAGAACGCUUCGGUGGCCCCUUCGAUCACGGGCACGCCUGGGCUGAACAAGCGCGUCAUGAAGGAGGAAGAUCGUAAGGCGAUCAUCGAGGCCAGUCCCAACGCCGGCGAAGUGCUCCCAAACAAGGUCUUCUGCAAGGGUUGCUCGACUUGGAUCAAACUUGCGACAAACACACGCUACUCCCUCUCACCAUGGCGCAGCCAUUCGUCAAAAUGUAACGGCGUGACCCCAAGCACUCGGGUUGCCACUGCCCAACGCAAGCUCCGUUUGGUCAACGACUCGCAAGUCAAGGAGUUCGCCGAAUAUUCCAUCACUUGCGGUCACUGCAGCGUCGUCGUCAAAUCCGAGAGUGACCGUGAAUACGAUUUGACGAAUUGGGAACAGCACAAGACCACGUGCGAUCGCAAACUUCCUUUGCGAUCGCCCCCUUCCGUCGCCUCCACGGAGGAGACUGUGGUGGGGACGGAGCACCAGUCGACCCCGCAGAAGAGCAAGAAGCGGUCACGAGAGGAAGACACGGAAGAGACCCCCGACCGCACCGUCCGCCAGCGCGGGGAGUCCUACGAGCCCACUACGAGCGAAAACCCCGGAUUCUUGAGCUGGAUCACCCAGCCGUUCAAGAACUUUAUCCGUGAUUUCCGCCGAGAGUUGUCUGGUUAG